AUGUGUCUUCCAUUUCGACCGGUAUCCAAAACCCUUUCUUCCUCUUCUUCUUCGACUAUCGCGACGCGUAUGAUAAAUUGCAUACUACUUUCCGCAUUCAUUUGCUUGGUCUACCUCCUCAUCUCGGCCUCAAGGCUUCAAUCUAAAACCUCUAUUCAUGCCUACUUCUCAUCUUCUGAUCAAGAUCAAUCUAAGAGCCUAACAAAAAUCAACCACAUCGUCUUUGGGUUAGGCUCAAGCACGAACUCUUGGCCUGCGCGUAGAGAUUACGUUAAGCUUUGGUGGGAUGCUCAGAAAAUGAGAGGCUGCGUCUUCGUUGACCAACCUUUGUCGUCUUCGGAGAACCACACAGAUUCUGAUCUCCUUCCUCCGAUUUGUAUUUCCCAAGAUACUUCUCGGUUCAGGUACACUUGGAGAGGUGGUGACAGAAACGCGAUCCGAAUUGCGCGGUGCGUUCUAGAAACUGUCAGGCUAUUCAACGCUUCCUCAGAAGAGAUAAGAUGGNACCCUAAUAUCAUCUCACGUUUUUUUCUUCUUCAAAACGGUUCCAAUUAUAAUUCGGCAUAUAAUUGUCUUGAUUUUGAUUCCUCUUCCUCGUCUUGUUCAUCUUCUUUUGUUGAUCGCAAUUGGGCAUUGUCCUAUGGUUCCUUACCUCUCUUUAAUGAGGACUCGUCAUCAUCUUUUGAAUUCUUUCAAAGAAAUGAAAAUUAUACAAAGAAAAGUUAUAGUGAUCAACAAGUGCCGAUGCUUCGGCCCGGUUCUUUGGACAUUCCUAAGGAUAGUUCAUACUCAGGCUUCAAUGGCUACGAAACUAAAGAAGAUAUAGAAAAUGUUUUUCUGAACGAUUUUGAUGUCGACGAGGUAGUAUUAGAAGAAUAUAACCCCAAUGAAGAUUUGAUCCUAACUGAUCAACUAAUCGAUGAAUUAACGAAGCAGAAUCGAGAGACCACGUCGACCAAGAUUAUGUCAUCUUCAUCAUCGGGUAUGUCAUCGGUAAUACAUAAAGAUUACAACAUUGAAGCUUUGGCUAAUGCAAGCUCUCAAGAUUACUCUAUAAAUCAAGUGAUUGGUUCAAAAGCAAAGGAAGAGACCAAUAAUCUUCCAAUAUUCCCUAACGCUCUUGUUCAACUUGACUGUGGACAAUCGCAGUUGAUUUUAACCGAUGAGAUGUUACCAUGGGAGAAUCAAAUACCUGUUGAAAGAUAUACUCCGGAAGCUCGAGAAGAGGCGAAGAAGAGAUAUUUCGAAAAGAAGAAGAAACGCAAGUUUGGGAAGCAAAUUAGAUAUGAAUCUCGAAAAUCUACAGCUGAUACGAAGAGACGAAUGAAAGGAAGAUUUACAAAAGCUGGUGCAGAGUAUGAUUAUGACCCAUGCACGAGCUAAUUAUAUUAAGAAACGGACUAAUAAGAUCAUGAGCUAAUUAACAAACCAAGCUCAAUUUUGAGACACCAAUAAGGAAAAUAAAUAGAUGGUGGAAAUCAUAUGACCAUCAUCACAUCUUUUGAUAGUACAUGUUCCGGUCAUAAG